UCCGUCACGCGAGAAAGGAACCUCGCUCGCUCUGUCUCUCGGUUGUCUGUCAGUGAGUCGCAGGACACGGAACGCGAGAGGUCUGAUAUAUUAAGGACAUUUUAUAUUACACUAUUUAUUAAAGACAUUUAAUAAUCUCAUAAAAUGUGGAUGGCAUGGAGAAAAACACUCUUCCUAAUGAUUGCACUGCUUGUCAGGCGGAACGAAGCCAGGGAUGAGCGGGGCAUCGAGCACUUGGCGAGGUGCAUCAAGAUGGCAGAACCCCUCGUCCAGACUCCGGGGUACAUUUUUCCUCUUACAGUUGCCGAGAUCAGAAGCGUUUGCAGGAUGUGGGACGGAUUCGUCGACUGUGUAAACGAGUACACGGCGACUUACCUGUCGCCUACGCAGAAGCAUGAGUUUAACCAGGCCAUACGCAGCUCCAUCGAAUCCAUCCAACAGCUGUGCGCUGGGGACUAUGACUACCAGAGAUCCUACCUUGCUUAUGCCCCGUGUCUGAAACGAGUAUCUACCGAUUCGGCUUUCUGCAACGACCAGUACCAGUACCUGGCUGACCUCGUCCAAGGAAGUGCAGCCACAGAUGCCCAGCUUUGUUGUGCUCAUCAUAAAUUUCGAGACUGCGUUCUCGAAAAGACGCCGAUGGAAUGCGACAAAGAAGGCGUAGCCGCUGGGUCCAACAUGCCUGCGUCCAGAUUCAUGAGGGACAUGUUGGACCGGGCUCUUGGUUUUCUCCUCCAGAAAUGCCGCGAUUUCGUGCCCAACUCUCACGACUGCCCUCGAACAAACGUCCGUCCAUCCGUCACAACCGCUGACACGAGCGACAACAACGGUGGCGAUGAUUUCUUCAGUAACAUCAACGACGGGGAGAACAACAACGAAGAUAACCUCGGCAACAACAUCUACCUCCGUCCCGAUUCGACAACGUCCCGCCAGUCCUCAACGACACCGCCGGAUUCGACAACCCGCUUUACCUGGACGACAAAGGCCUCCGGCCUGGCCACUCCAGACCCGACCGACCAUCUCUCUGGAAAUAACCUGGAACCGGAGAGCCAGCAGUAUCGUGGGGGUGCUUCUGCAACCUUUGGGAACAUUAUUUCGAUUGUGCUUGUAGUCGGUUUGACAACAGUGUUGAAGUUGCAAUAAUGGCGGACUGUUUGAAAUUUGUACACCCGAACAGAACUGGAGAAGGUUCUCGCUCUGUUUUCGUUCUCAUGUCUUGUUUACCUUUCGUACUUUCAGAUCUUUUCAUCUUUUCGUUUCAAAGGUGCUCAAGAUCGUUGAAACUGUAAUUUUCCAGCUAACAUAACCAAACAUCGUUAUAUGUCGUUAAUUUUCCUGAAAUCUUAAAAACAACAAAAAGUUAAUAAGUGGAACUGGGACCGUGAUUAUUGCUUUUGCUUUUAUCAGUAUCAUCAUACAUAAAAAUGUAUCUGUAACGAUGCAGUGCCCAGUUCAAACAGAUUUUGAAUGAUAAUAGAUCGUGUCCUAGUUAUUAAAUCACAUAAUGCAUUCUCACUUAGAACCAUUACAAAAGACAUGGCGUAGUUUUGGUCUUGUUUCUCGGUAAAUAUAAAAAAAGGAUAAAGAAUGUUUUCUUGGUCGAGAUAAUUGCCUUAGACUUCAUCUAGAUGGUAGACUUAAACUUUGGACAGUAGCUAUGAACUUUGAAAAAAGAAGUUGAGAGAGAGAUAAAAAAAACUACUCACAGAUAUAUUAGAAAUUUAUACAUGAUCGUGUUGCGUAUGUUUCUCUCCCUUCAAAGUCAAUAUGGUAAAGCUGAAUUUUUCGCUCCCUAAUUAUUCUCUCUCUCUUUUUCUCAUUUUACCUUGGAACACUGAGCACCCAAGUUCAAGUCUACUUUAAAUAUUCCUGUAUAUAAGCGUAGUUUAUGGAUUGGAUUGCUUCCUUUUGCGUAGCUUCCUAAGACGUAGCAUCUUUUAGGGGAACAGGUUUGGAGGGUGUAGAUUUCUUUUGUCCAUGCGAGAACACUGAAAUGUCUGUCCCUGUUCUCUCCUUUGGUUACUAGACGAUACUACUUUUUCAUGAUGGGGUUCAUGAUCUCCUCAAUUCGCAGUUCUAUUAAUUUAAACAUUUAUUUCAAGGGGUCACUUUCUGUCCACCAAUUAUUCGUGUCUGUCCUUAUUGGAAAAGCGGAAGACGAAUUUGUUUGUAAUUUAACUAGGGUGCACGUGGGCGCUUGGCUGAUUUUUCUCUUUUUUAUGAAAUUUUAACUGUCAACCAUGCAAUGAUGGAAAUGUUGCGUUGCUUCAGAGUAAAUUGCGAUCCCUUGCAACCAAGUGGAGAAUUACCGAUUAGCAAUUCCUAAUCUAUAGAGUUUCUGCGUCCACAUAAUUUGCCAGCUCUGGGUUUUUAUAUUUUGGCAGGAAAGUGGUUUUCAGACUGCCAAUCAAUAAAUAUUAACACAGGUUUAUCGAAUGUAAUGCCUCUCAUGACGGAAUUUUAUUUACAUUGAGAAGUUCGACAACAGGGCCUAUAUCAAUGCAUGCAUUCGUGUGGACUCUAAAUUGAAAUAUUCUAAAUGAGAUUUGCUUUGCUUGUUAGUUGUAUCACUGAAGAAUCCCCGAAUGGAAAACACCCCGUUUCUGUGAACAGAAAACCGCAUAUUCCUCCCCCUCCUCGUCUAGCGGUCUCUUCCAGAGAGGACAGCCGGGAAAAGGCACAGGAAGUUUAAUUCCCUUCAGCCAGAAUGCCGUGGAGAUGGUUUUGUCUGUGCCUCGGGAAACGUGUGUCGAACGUCUGUUACCCGUUUUUUGCCACAAAAUUAAAUUGUAACUGCAGCUUUUAUAUUGCAUGCUGGUAGCUCUGUAUUUUGGAUAUCCAUUCCAAAUCGUAUACUACUUUAUUUUUGUUCUUUAAAUUUUAUGUACCAUGACAAACUUUCAUUAUGAAACACAGAAGUAAUAAAAGAUGCUUCCAGAAUGAGAAAUAUUAAAAGCUUAAGAAUAGAAUUUGUGCAAGAUCAUUAAUGAGGUUUAAAAUGACCUAGUUUUAGAUAACACUUUCUUAUUCUUGUUCUUUCCUUGUUUAAUUAAGAAGGCCCUCGUAGCAAAAUUCUUCGAAAGGGCUAAAACUUUAUCGGAAUAAAUAGUAUAACCAUUCUAGUCAAGACGGAAAUCCUUUGGCAAUCUGUGAGCUAAACAUUUUUGUACGUACGUACAUGGUUCAGCUGGUUUAUAAUAAAACAAGCACUCCGUGUAUCUUCUGAAUAAAAUGUGCCUGUUA